CAUCUAUAAACCAAUAUUGUCGGCCUGCGAGGGCGCAUCCGGUUGUAAAUAAUCUUGACCUCUGGAGGAUAAUAGGCCCCUUUCCCAAUUCAUUUUGGUGCACCGACCAGGAUAGUAGUGCUGAAGCAUGGCUCCUCGACUCAACAAACGCCAGCAACGCGAACAGGAAGAACUCCUCGCCCUCGGAGGUCGAGCAGCAUCUCCAGAUGCUGAAUCAUCAGGGGGUGACGAUGAGCUUGAUCCAGGGGUGGCACUUCCCGAGAAGACGAAGAAGUCACAAGCGGGAUUUGCAGCUCUUAUGGCGGCAGACGGACUUGGAGACGAGGAUGAAGAUGAGGGCGGGCAGGAAGGAGCGGGACAGGUAAAGAGUAAAGCGAAAAAGUCGAAAAAGAAGAAGAAGAAAGAUACUGGCAACAUCACCCCCUCCGUCGCCCCCGCUGCCGCCACUCCAAACCCUGAACCCGAAAGCAUCGCAUCGCCAGCCUCUCCUGAACCCGCCACGCCGUCUACACCUUCUACAUCGAAAGCCGAACGAAAGGCCCUGAAGAAAAAGAAAGCCAAGGAGAAGAAGGAUGGAAGGGACGAUAUUGACAAAGCUCUGGCCGAGCUAUCCGUCAAGUAUCCCGACCUGAAGGAAGUCUCCACCCGCACCACAGGCCCCUCAGCUCCCGCAACCCAAAAACUGACCCACGAGCUCAAUCCCCUCCUCUCUGUCUCGCUCACCCACCUCGACGCUGACGCUGAAAUGCGUAAAUUCUUCGGUUCCCGCGUUGUUUCCGCCUCCAACCAAUCCUCAGAAGGUUCCGGUGCUAACAGAGCGGGUGGAAAUGCGCGCAGACAGCCAACGUCUCAGAGGUCGAAUUUGACAAAUCCGAAGAGGACAUGGUGGCCUGCGCAGAUGAGGGAGGGAUUGACGUUAAGGGCCUUAAGCCCGGCGGAGGUCGAGGAGAAAGAGAGGAGAUGUAAGUGGGGAAGGGGAGAGGCGGGAGUAGGCGUUGAGGGGGAAAAGUGGUGGAGUGUUGAAUAUAGUAAGCGGUAUAAAGGGGUUACGUUGAGUUUCAUGAGGACGGUGCUAUCGGGUGACCCGGAGGGAUUCUAUCGUAUUGUUCGUCAGAUACCUUACCACGCGGAUACUCUGCUUCAGCUCGCAGAGUUAUCCAAUCACCGCGAAGAGCAUAGCACAGCGUCGGACUUUAUCGACCGAGCUCUAUUUUCCUAUGAACGUGCCUUCGUUGGAGCGUUCACCUUUACAGGUGGAGGAAACCGUCUCGACUUCGAUAGAGUAGAAAACAGGCCGUUCUUCUUGGCUCUGCAUCGUCAAAUCAUUGACCUCCAACGCCGCGGUACCUUCCGCACCGCGUUCGAAUUUUCCCGUCUUCUAUACUCUCUCGAUCCAUGGGGCGAUCCACACGGCGCUCUUCUUCAUCUUGACUUCUUGAGUGUCAAGGCAGGCAUGGCACAAUGGGCUAUAGAUCUGUGGGCCUUCUUCGAAUCUGCGUCCACUAAGUCUUCAACAGGAGGCGAGGUGGAAGAUGAGAAGGGACAGAGUGGGCUGUUAAAAGGUAGAGCGAAUGUUCUGGCGCUGCCCGGAUGGGCUUAUGCGAGGGCGCUGGCAUUGCGGACGGUUGGGAAGGACGAUGAAGCGACCGAAGCACUCAAACAGGCCAUCGUGGACUGGCCGUCGGUCGUCCCGCUGCUAGCUGACAAGGCUGAGAUAUCAUUGUCAACUGAUAUCAGGGCCCAGAAUACAUUUAGGAUCUUCACGAAGGACUACUACUCAAAAGAGCCCGAAGUUCUCCUCAACCUUCUCUCACACCUCUACGUCCAACGCUCCUUCCAACUCUGGAAAAUUCCAGAAACCGCCACCUGGUUCCGAAAGACGGUCACUUCCCUCUCCGAAUCUUCUUCCCUUCCUGGCUCACCGACCAUCACACCGGCCUACAACGACCGAUUCCUGCCGCUGGUCACUUCCACAACACCUUCUACGUCUAUAUUCUCUUCUGCACCAACCACAUCGAUGUCACCAUUCGCGCAUUCUGUAUACAGGCAUGUUAUAUCACUCGGACCUUCUGCCCAGAGACUUCUCUCCUACCUGCCGGAGAAUGUAGUCAGUGGCCCAGGCAACACUCUCGCUUGCGACCCCCUGCCCCCUCCAACCCAACUAACCGCCUACAACGACGCUUUCUUCGCCGGUGCCGACGACAUAUUCGCCGUUGGUGCUCAUGGUGGACGGGGAGGACGAAGAAGAAACGCGGCGCAGGAGCAGCGACUGUUAGAGCAGAUGAUCCCCGAUCCGGUGAUGAGGAGACAGUUCCAGGAUUUUUUCGAUGCGAAUCCGGCGAUUAGGGAGCAGUUUCCCGGGGGGGUUGCGGAUUUCGCGCAGGUGGCGGCGAAUCUGCCGGAAGACGUUAUGGACGAGAUGAUGAUCGCGGCAGCUAUGGCUAACAACGGUGGACAGGGUGGUGGGGAAGGGGGACAAGGGAGGAUGCCUGGUGGGAUGCCGGAGGAUGAGAGGGAAAGGGAUUGGGUGCAGUUACAGUUUAUUGAAAAUCAGCAGGAGGAGGAGAGGGAGCGAAGGGAGAGGGAGGCACAGGAAGCGGAGGAUGGGAUGCAUGAGAGGAUGGCAAUGGAACUCGAGGAGCAGGAUAUAUUGGAUCGACAGGCGCGUGAAGCUGCAAAUCAGAACGACGGAGAUGACGAAGUGGAAGAAGAAUAUGAGGAUGAAGAGGAAGAGGAAGAGGCGGUGGCUCUCCCAACCCGGGUGCUUCGAAAUUUGAUGUCGAGAUUCUGGGGUGCUGCACCAGUCGCUGAGGACUCUGACGAUUCUUCUGAGGAUGACCAACCACAACGAAGAGUGGUUGACGACGGUGGUGUUGAUUAGCGGCUCAUAUCGUGGAGAAACAAAAAUAAACGUGUCGCGAUGCGCCUUGAAGGAAUAUGCAACUUACUUUUCCAUUCCUUCACUCAGAGUUGUAAGGAAUUGCCGAAACUACAUAUUGGACCAGC